AUGGCGUCCCGAACCGCACCCGAGAAUCCAAAGCUAGAAAUCCAUCACGUCUGUCUUCAGGUCUCGUUCCUGGCUUUCAUCGGACCCAUGUCAAGCGCGACACCGAACCCGACCUUCGUCACGCUCGGCCGCGCGUUUGAUAACACGCCCGUUCAGGCAUCGUACCAACUAGUGGUAUACCUCGUAUUCUCCGGCGUCGGGCCGUUAUUCGUUGUACCCUUUGCGAGCACGACCGGCCGAAGACCCAUCGUGGUGCUAGGUUCGCUCAUUGGUGCCGUAAUGAACAUCCUCGCUGGCUACUGCUCUACCUGGGCCGGCAUCAUUGUCACGAGAGUGUUCAGCGGGUUUGCCGUCGGCGCUACCGUCUCUCUGGGACCAGCCAUCAUCUGCGAUAUGUAUUUCCUCCACGAACGUGGCUUUUAUAUGGGAAUUUUUGCAUUGUUCAUCAAUAACGGACCGCAUAUCGCCCCCUUAAUUGGGGGCUUUAUCAGUCGAAGUCUUGGAUGGCGGUACUGCUUUGCCAUUCCAGGUUAUAUUCAGCUUGGAGUUUUCGUCGUGGUACUUUUCACUUUUCCUGAGACUUAUUUUAGACGAUACUCGGCCCUAAACAGCGAAUCUGUGCCCGAGAGGUCUUUUCUGAGUCUUUUCUCACUACGGCUACCAAGUGCAUUCCGAAAGGAGUUCCACCUACGGGAGUUGCUGGGCCCGUUCGAAAUGGCUCGCUACGUGUGUGUUCUGGUUCCCAACAUCUAUUACAUGACUUGUAUGGCGUACGGCUCUGUCCUUUUCGCUACUACAGGCUCUGUGGUCUAUACCACGAUUUAUGGCUUCAACAUAGUUCAAGUCGGUCUGAUAUUGAGCAUUCCACUACUCGUCGGUAACUUACUAGGCGAGGCUACCGCCGGGUGGUUUGUGGAUUGGCUAGUGUAUAGACAUGCAAAAAAGCACAAUGGGGUUGAGAUUCCCGAGGCACGACUUGAUGCGCUCUGGCUUGCACUCGCACUACCAGUUGGGACCAUCAUCAACGGCGUGUGUAUCUCGCAUUCUGCAACCACGAGUUGGGUUGGUAAUGCCAUCGGGAUGGCAAUUUCUAGUGUGGGAUUUCAGGUUGCGACCACUGUCACGUACACUUAUUGUACAGAUUGCUACAGAUCUCGAAGUGCAGAAGUGGGGACAGUGAUCAACUUUACUAGGCACAUAUUCAGCGCACUGGUCUCUUUCGACGCUCUCCCUCUUGCUGAAGAUAUUGGGUUUCAGUACGCUUGGCUGGUGUUCUCAUUCAUCAACAUUAUUCUUCUCGUGCCAUUCUUGCUCCUGCGGAUCUUCGGCCAGAAGAUGCGGAUGAGCGAUUCGAAAAGUUGA